AUGUGGUUAGUUGCAAAAAACAGUUCCCUGCUGUCGCCUGAUCUGACGCUGAUCAUUUUACAUAUUGCCUUAAGAAAUUUAAGGGUGUUGGGGUACAUCGGGCCGAGAACCUCGAUACAUAUUGGCAAGAAUUCCAUCGAGGGGAGGGCGUUCCCAUAUUUCGCGUAUGACAUUAGGAGGCAGAAUAACAUCGCAACAGUUCUAAGUACUGGAGAGGAACAUGCAAAAUUCAUCGAACGAAACAAAUCAACUGCAACAAAACUCAAAACAACAAAACAGAACACAGCAACAACAACUACUUACAACAACAUCAACAACAACAAAAGCAUCAGCGGUAACAACAACAAAAGCAACAGAGACAGCAGGAAUAGACAAACGCGAACACAAGAACACAUGAACACAAAAAAUAUGAACAAAUGA